AAGGUUAUUUCAUCAUGUUUAGGGUCAUUCUGACCAUGCACAUUGUGAUCCUGGUCAUGUAAAUGAUAUGUGGAAAUAGUUAAAUUGACUGGAGGUCAAACCAGAACUCUGUUAUCUUUAUUCAAAAAAUAUCUAAAAAUGCAAAAAAAAUUGUCACUUCCUGUUUUGUCAUUUCCUGUUAACUUCCAUAGCACCUUAAUUGUGUUUGCAUUUAUAUUAUAAUUAUUUAAUUAAUAAAUCGUCUUUUAGCCCAGAACAAAGUUGUUGGUUAUUUAUAGAGAAAAGUAAAUGUGUAUUUAUAUUCAUAAAUUGGAGUUUAUUUUGAUCGAUUGUAUAGUUCUCAUCCUAGCAUGACAUCUAUACUUACCUGUGAAAUUCAAUGUACUUACUUACCUGUGCACAUGUACUGUAAAUGUUUCCGUCAUGCGCGUUGUGCAAUUUUAAAAAUCACCCAACCCUCCCCACCCUUAAUUUAUUUAAGGAAUACAACACAGGGGGCGGUUAAUAGUUUUUAAUUUUAUUGUGUGUAUCUUCGUAUUAAUUGUGUUUGCAUUUAUAUUAUAAUUAUUUAAUUAAUAAAUCGUCUUUUAGCCCAGAACAAAGUUGUUAGUUAUUUAUAGAGAAAAGUAAAUGUGUAUUUAUAUUCAUAAAUUGGAGUUUAUUUUGAUCGAUUGUAUAGUUCUCAUCCUAGCAUGACAUCUAUACUUACCUGUGAAAUUCAAUGUACUUACUUACCUGUGCACAUGUACUGUAAAUGUUUCCGCCAUGCGCGUUGUGCAAUUUUAAAAAUCAAGUGAUGCAAGUCAUGAAAUUUUAUCUCUGAAUUAUUUGGAUUUUAUGGUUUUAUCGUUACACUAAAGGAUUAUAUACAUUAUGAAUGAAGACAGUAACACUAUUCGUAGAUGUACAGCAUGCAAAAACCCUGUGAGGGGUCAUACAGGACCGGUAGGGGCAAAAUGUACGAACACGCCCUCGUUGGAAACCGCACCCUUAUUCGAUAAUAGCCAACAUGAACAAGAUGAAAAACAAGAACUUUUCGAAGGAGCUGUUGGAGGCAAAGAAAAUAUGGAACCCUGGAAAAUGGCUAUAAUUCAACUGUCCUCACAAAUGCAGGUACUAACUUCCGCAACAACAAAUUUACAAACCGAAAUGAAAAGCCUAGCCAGUGACGUGGAACGCCUAAAAACCGGUUUGACUGCUCAACCGACCACACCUCAAAGUCAAAACCAACCCGUCAUUCCAACAUCUGUCAAUCCCGGUGUCAAUCAUAGACCUAAGCCAACGUGUGACUUACCACUUAGCGAAAAAACAAUCAACGCAAUCAUAAACGGUGAGUACGUCAACUUGACCGACCUUUUUGCCGACAAUGUGUAUUCGGAUAAUGUAGAUCAUCCAGAACAAAAUCUUAUAUUCGAAGAUGGGAAUUUAAAACAGCAAAAAUACCGAAAAGUCAAAACAUUAGCAACGUUUAAUCAGUGGCUAAGCGCAUGGAAUGUAUUUGAGAAUAUAUUGAUUCAACACAAUCCAGAUUUAUACACUUGUUUAUCAAGUUACCGUAGUCUGAUUCAAGAUUCUGACAAAAAGUUUACAUGGAAAUCGGUGAAUACUUACGAUAUUAAAUUUCGAAGCAAACUCGCACAGAAAAAAUCUUUCGAUUAUCAAACCAUUGAUACAACGCUCUAUGUGACGACAUUUGAUGCAACGUCUGUCCGUCAACAACUCAAAUGUCAUAGAUGUCACGGAAACCACAAGGUCGCAAAUUGCACUUUUCAAGAGAAAUCCACGUUGGAGAAAGAUCAGGAAAAGGAGAUAUGCUUUAAAUUCAAUCAAGGGGAAUGUAAAUUCGGAGAUAAGUGUUACAGACUCCACAAAUGCAAAGCAUGUGGAUCAAAAUCCCCCAGUUUUAAAUGCCCAUGUACAAAACCUUCGAGCUCAUCUUCCACUUAAUCAUGUAGUCCUUCAAGAAGGUUUAAAAAACCACCCAGAUAAAAAAUACGUAAAACAGAUUAUAAAUGGCGCAAAAUUCGGCGUCUCUCUAGGAUAUACAGGACCAAGGAUAUCACGUGUGCAAAAAAAUUGGAAAUCAUCUUCCAUUAAUAGUGAAGCUGUUCAAAAGAACAUUGAAAAAGAAAUCUCUAAAGGAAGGAAAUUAGGUCCAUAUUUGAAUAUACCUUGUGAUAAUUUUGUUGGAUCUCCAAUGGGUGCUUACGAAAAGAAGCACUCGGACCCUAAAAAGUUUAGGGUCAUCCACGAUCUGUCAUGGCCUCCAGGAGAAUCAGUAAACGACUAUAUUGAUAAAGAGGAAUAUUCAUGCCAUU